AUGUCGUGGCAGCCAAAGCUUCGCCCCAAGGGCUUCCCGCAUAUCAUUGACGACUUCGCGGCUGUGGCUUCGUUGUCAGAACUAGAGCAUCGGGCCCGGACUGGCGAGGACAAGCGCGACCAGCGCGUCUUCCGGGUCAAGCGUAAGCAUGUUUUGAAAGCCUGUGAUCGCUGUCGCGUGAAGAAGACCAAGUGCGAUGGGAAACAACCUUGCAACCGUUGCUCGGUAUACAACCACCCUUGUCUAUUCCGUGAAAGAAAGGCCACACAGACCAAAGUAUACUCUCGAGGGCGACCCCCUCGCCGAAGCCCCAGAUGGGCACCCCUAACACACGCAAUCCUCGACCGGCUAGGGCUAAUCAAACAAGCCGAAGAAAACGCCGACGAGCCAGACGAAGACUCAGAAGAUUUGCGCUACCUACGACUGCUGUCAACAUCUACCGAAUGCAGCGUCACAGCAGAGCCCUCACCAGAGCCAACAACGCCGCCAGAGCCCUCGCCAACCAUUUCUCGCCCACCAUGCCCAAUCCCGACACCUAUAUCUGUGCCCAGUCGCACCGCCACCACAGGCUGGCAAUGGGAUCUCCAGCCCGUCCACCAGACGAGCUACAGCUACCCAGACUCAGGGUACCAUGACCUAAUGGCACUGCAACAACGGUCUUCCAUGAGUGCGCCGGACAUGAACACUGAUAUCGCGCCCCAUGUUGACCUCCCCUCUACAUCUUCGGGGCUACCGCAUCAUCCUCAUCAUGCGCACCAUGAGCCGCCGUUCCCGUACGUUCUAGGUGGAUGCUGUGAUUCCGGCACGACCCAGCAGGGUGUUAAGCCCGUGCUGGCAAGUUUACCACCCGGUCUCAUGGCUGAGUCUCACACGCACUCUCAUCAUCUUGCUGAGAAUCUGUCUGCGGAGAUGAUGGGUGAUUUCCAUUUCCAGGCACAUGACCCAGCCUUUUAUCCUGGGUUUACACCGGGCUGGAAUUUUCCUUCGGUAUAA